UUUGAGAAAAUGAUUUACUCUUGUGCAACAUUAAAUUGUAUCAAUCAAGCAAAUAAAGAAGGCCUUAUUUAUAAAGUUGCUUGGUUCUGAUUUUACUUUAUUGCAUCUCAGGCUCCAAGAAGGGGAAAAUGAAGUUUUUGCUGCUUAGUACAUUUCUGUUUUUGUAUAUUCCCUUAGUCUGGACAAAAGAAAAGCAUUAUUACAUCGGAAUUACUGAAACAGUUUGGGACUAUGCCCCUGGCAACGGAGAAAGGAAACUUGUUUCAGUUGACACGGAACAGUCCAAUUUCUAUCUUCAAAAUGGCCCGGAUCGCAUUGGAAGAUCAUACAAGAAGGCCCUUUACGUUCAGUACACAGAUGGCACCUUUGGCGAGACUGUAGCCAAACCAGCAUGGCUAGGGUUCUUAGGCCCUAUCAUCAAAAUUGAGGUUGGGGACAAAGUUUACGUUCACGUGAAGAACUUCGCCUCUAGGCCCUACACUUUCCAUCCACACGGGGUGACUUACCGCAAGGAGCACGAGGGAGCUGUCUACCCUGACAACACCACCGAGUUUCAGAGAGCCGAUGACAAAGUCUUUCCUGGGGAACAGUAUUUGUAUGUGAUGCAUACUAGUAAUCAAAGUCCUCGUGAGGAGGACAGCAAUUGUGUGACCAGGAUUUACCACUCCCAUGUUGAUGCCCCAAAAGAUAUUGCAUCAGGACUCAUAGGACCUUUAAUACUCUGUAAAAAAGGUUCUCUAGAUAAUGAAAGAGAGAAAAAAACUGACCAAGAAUUUGUAGUCAUGUUCUCUGUGGUGGAUGAAAAUCUCAGCUGGUAUCUGGAAGAUAACAUCAAAACCUUUUGCUCUGAACCCGAGAAAGUUGAUAAAGACAAUGAAGACUUCCAGGAGAGCAACAGGAUGUACUCUAUGAAUGGAUAUACAUUCGGAAGCCUUCCGGGGCUUUCCAUGUGUGCAGAAGACAUAGUGAAGUGGUAUCUUUUUGGUAUGGGUAAUGAAAUCGAUGUGCAUGCAGCUGUCUUUCAUGGUCAAACACUGAUCAACAAGAUCUACAGUGCUGACGCAAUCAACCUGUUCCCUGCUACCCUAAUUGACACUUACAUGGUGGCUAAGAGUCCUGGAGAAUGGAUGCUCAGUUGCCAGAACCUAAACCAUCUGAAAGCCGGUUUGCAGGCCUUUUUCCAGGUUCGUAACUGUAACAAGCCCUCAGUGCACGGUAAGAUCCAAGAUGGACAACUGAGACACUAUUACAUUGCUGCUGAGGAGAUCAUCUGGGACUAUGCCCCUUCUGGAACAGACAUCUUCACUGGAAACAACUUAACAGCUCCAGAAAGUGAUUCAAGUGUGUUUUUUGAACAAGGCGCUACAAGAAUUGGUGGGUCUUAUAAAAAACUGGUUUACCGUGAAUACACAGACGGCUCCUUCACAAGGCGAAAACAAAGAGGCCCUGAUGAGGAACACCUUGGAAUCCUGGGUCCUGUCAUUUGGGCAGAAGUAGGAGACAUCAUUAAGGUUACCUUUCAGAACAAAGGACCAUAUCCUCUCAGUAUCCAGCCAAUGGGGGUAAGAUUCCCUGUGGAAAAUGAUGGAACAUAUCAUGUCCCACCUGCCAACUCCUCAAAGGGAGGUGUGCCUCAUCCUAAGGCAGCCUCCCAUGUGGCACCCAAAGAAACCUUUACGUAUGAAUGGACUGUCCCCAAAGGAGUGGGUCCCACUUAUGCAGAUCCCGUGUGCCUAUCUAAGAUGUAUUAUUCUGGCGUAGACCCCACCAAAGAUAUAUUCACUGGGCUUAUUGGGCCAAUGAAAAUAUGCAAGAAAGGCAGCUUACUCAAAAAUGGGAGACAGAAAGAUGUAGACAAGGAGUUCUACUUGUUUCCCAUGGUGUUCGACGAGAAUGAGAGUUUACUCCUGAACGAUAAUAUCAGGAUGUUCACGACUGCACCUGAUCGUGUAGAUAAGGAAGAUGAAGACUUUCAGGAGUCUAAUAAGAUGCACUCCGUGAAUGGAUUCAUGUACGGGAAUCAGCCUGGCCUCAAUAUGUGUCUGGGAGAGUCCAUUGUGUGGUAUUUGUUCAGUGCUGGGAAUGAGGCUGACAUACACGGGAUAUACUUCUCAGGAAACACUUACUUGUCCAAAGGAGAGAGACGAGACACUGCAAACCUAUUCCCCCAUGCAAGUCUCACCCUUCUCAUGAAGCCCGACGUGACAGGGACCUUUGAUGUAGAGUGUCUUACAACAGAUCACUACACAGGUGGCAUGAAGCAAAGAUACACCGUGAACCAGUGUGGGCGUCAGUCUGAGGACCCCACAGUCUACCUGGCAGAAAGGACCUACUAUAUUGCGGCAGUGGAGGCGGAAUGGGACUAUUCACCAAGCAGGGUCUGGGAAAAGGAGCUGCAUCGUUUACAAGAGCAAAAUGUAUCAAAUGUAUUUUUGGACAAGGAAGAGUUUUACAUAGGCUCAAAGUACAAGAAAGUUUUGUAUCGGCAAUUUACCGACGGCACAUUCAGAGAACAGGUGAAGAGAAAAGCUGAGGAUGAGCAUCUGGGCAUCCUUGGUCCAAAAAUUCAUGCAGAUGUUGGAGACAGAGUUAAAAUUGUCUUUAAAAACAUGGCAUCCAGGCCGUAUUCCAUACAUGCUCACGGGGUGAGAACAGAGAGUUCUACAGUUGUUCCAACACUGCCAGGUGAAAUUCGCACUUAUAUAUGGCAAAUCCCAGAAAGGUCAGGCGCUGGAAGAGAGGACACACCUUGCAUCCCAUGGGCUUAUUACUCAACCGUGGACCACGUUAAGGAUCUCUAUAGUGGACUCAUAGGCCCACUGAUUGUUUGUCGGAAAUCUUACGUGAAAGUAUUCAAUCCUAUAAAGAAAGUGGAGUUUUCCCUCUUGUUUCUAGUGUUUGAUGAGAAUGAAUCUUGGUACUUAGAUGACAACAUCAAAAUGUACUCUGAUCACCCUGAGAAAGUAGACAAAGACAAUGAGGACUUCAUAGAAAGCAAUAAAAUGCAUGCUAUCAAUGGGAAAAUGUUUGGAAACCUCCAAGGCCUCACCAUGCACGUGGGGGAUGAAGUCAACUGGUAUGUGAUGGGAAUGGGCAAUGAAAUAGACCUGCACAGCGUUCACUUCCACGGCCACAGCUUCCAGUACAAGCACAGGGGAGUUUAUAGUUCUGAUGUCUUUGACCUUUUCCCCGGAACAUACCAAACCCUAGAAAUGUUUCCCCAAACACCUGGAACCUGGUUACUCCACUGCCACGUGACCGACCACGUCCAUGCUGGGAUGGAAACGACCUACACUGUUUUACCAAAUCAAGAGUCUAAGUCUGGCUGAAAGAAAUAAAUUGGUGAUAAGUGGAAAAAAGAGAAAAUGAGUCAUAACACUGUAUGUGUCACUGCUGAAUACAACAUUUAAUGCUGGAUUAGCUACAAACAUUUUAAAAAAAUCCACUCAACUGUUCAUUUGUGAGGGAACUGGUAAUGCUGCAGAUGGACAGAUCAACAGACUAUAUCAUGACAUGUAUUUGUUCACUGGGUAACAGAAUUGCUUUACAAAGUCCAUAUACACCUGCAUUGUUAGGACUUUGCAAAUAAACAAAUAAAAACCAAACAUUUUA